GCCAGCAGGUGGGCGGGGUCUGCUCCUCUCCUUCCUCCCCGUCCCUUCCUCGGAAGUAGACGUAUCCCGUCUAUAUUCCGUAUUUUUUUUUUUAUAUUUUUAUAUCGACCCCUUUACCCUUAAAACUCAAGAUGGACGACUAAACCGGAGCACGGGUCCUCGAUUCCACCCGUCUUUCUCUCUGCCUGGAUCGAGUGGACCGGAUGAAACCCAACCGAGUUUUUCUCCGCUUCGCAGGGGAGGUAGCUGUAUCCAGUGGGGAGGUAGGCUCGACCUGGGGAGGACAGAAUGAAGUUCGCCCAACCCUGGGGACGCCAGAGGCUGGCUUUUCUCCUGGAGAACGCCGCCUCUAGGGAAGCCAAGAUGUGGAGGGGCUACGUGCCGAAGAAGCCCACCCCCCAGGAUACAGACGUCUCCCCGGCCCAGAGGGACCAGGCCGUCCGCUGGCUGACGGAGCUCCACAGCAGCCUGCAGCUCUACCCAGAGACCCUGGUGCUAGCUGUUAGCAUUCUGGACCGCUUCCUCGCUCCCAUCAAGGCCCGUCCAAAAUACCUGCGCUGCAUCGCCAUCGCCUGCUUCUUCCUGGCUGCCAAGACCUGCGAGGAGGACGAGUGUGUUCCCUCUCUGAAGGAGCUGGCUGCUUCCAGUAACUGCGGCUGUUCUCCGUCUGAGAUCCUGAGGAUGGAGAGGCUGAUCCUGAACAAACUGGACUGGGAUCUGCACACCGCCACCGCGCUGGACUUCCUGCACAUCUUCCACGCCAUGGUGUUGUCGUGCCGGUCCGGCCUUCUGGAGCUGCUGUCGGGAGUGAGCCGCUCUCAGCACCUGGCCGUCCUCACGCAGCGGCUCUACUCCUGCCUGGCCGAUCACUCUGUCAUGCAGCUCAGAGGAUCCAUGCUGGCCUUGGCCCUCAUCAGCCUGGAGCUGGAGACCUGCUGUCCUGAUUGGCUGGCUCUGACCAUCGACCUGCUGAGGAAGGCUCAGAUGGACAGCUCAGAGCUGAUCCGCAGCAGGGAGCUGGUGGAACGUAGCCUCUCCACACCCAGAGCUUCCCUGCCUCCAAACACCGUUUACAUCUACCAACCCCUGCAGCUCGGAGUCCGGGCGCGCUCACUGACCCGCCGCACACCAGGGACCAUCCAGACCUCCGGGGACCAACCCGCCCUGCCUCACACAGCUGCUGCCGGAGAGGAGAGCAGCUCCUCAGACCGCCAAGCUCCGCCUCCUUCGCCUAAACACCUCAACCACCUGCAGACGGUCACCCUGCGCUGCAAAGCUUCCACCAAACGCAAGGUGGAGCAGAUGGAGGUGGACGACUUCUACGACGGCAUCAAGCGCCUCUACAACGAAGACGUCACCGCCGCCGUCCAUGAGGGGGUGGCAGGAGGGGAGGGGGUGUUUGUAGGCGGCUCCUCCCCCUGCCCUCCUCUGCAGCCGGUCAGCUCCUCGUAGAGACGGGAACCUCCUCAGCUGCUCCUCCCUGCUGAGGUGCUUUUCAUCGCCAACGCGCGCGUCGGGACUUCGAGCCGUUCAGCUGGAAAUGAUGUCAGCUCCCAUCAUCCCCUGCAGCUGGAAAACAGAGCCCUCCCAAAAAAAACUAACUAAACAUCCAAAAUGUCAAAAAAAAAAAAAAAGCGCUCCUUUGCUUCUGAUGUAAUUAUUCUGUUUGUUUAACACAGAUAAGAAAUUACAAAAUCCAAAAAAAAAAAACUAAAAACACAAAGUUUCCUUAAAAAAAAAAAGAGACUUCCUGCCUUUCAUGUUCGCUGCUGGUGAAGAUUUUAACUUCUAUUUGUUCCUGUUGUUUCUGUUCUGCAUGUUUUCUCCACAUUCAGACGUAGAAAUCAGCCGAUUCUCAUAGAUCAGCCUUUUUUUGAAUGUUCCAAACGUUUGUUUUUAGCUGCAGACCUGGAAGCAUGAGCAGCACCAUGUCUGGAUGAAUGAACCACCUGCUGGGCGCUGCUAGUUCUGCCCGUAAAUGUGCCGAAGGUUUCAGGAGACCAUCUGUCCUCAUGUUCAAAGGUGGUUUUUAACCCUCCCCAUUUUUCUUAUUAAAUUAUUUCUCUCCAUGUGAAAAAAAAAA